AUUAUCCAGCAUUUACGAAGGCGUGUAUCGGAAUUGAGCAGGGAAGUGCAGGUGCAAAGAUUUUUCGGUCCGUCAACGGGACGAUGGUGGUAAAGGAGGCCGCGGCUCGAACGCAACAACUUGCAGGUCUAGCAAAAAGUCUGGCUCAGGACACUGGAGACGUGGUCGAUGGCGUGUUUAUCUGGCGGGAAAGUCAUUUCGCUUUUCUCUUCGUGUUGAAGCGAUUUUUCGCCAGUGCACGUGAGAUAUAUCUACUUCAAGGUACUGAAAUUUUCGAUAUGUUGCUUUGAUUAUGAACUACUUGAGCAAAUACAAGCAUGUCUUUUGGAAACCGUGUCCCAAUGGCUUCAUUUGAGUCAGUCGCAAUAUCCUUGACUGAGUGAUGUCUUAUCGAUCGUUAUUAACAAAGAGUCCAUCAAUCUAUCGCCUCCAGGUACUGACCAGCAUGCCAUGGCUUUGCGAUUGUUUCGUUUUCUCCGGUCGGGUCAUGUCCCUGCCCAUCAUGACGAUCCUCAGUUCAAGAAAUAUUUCGUCGGCCAGGGAAAUAACAACACGCUUAUAGAGCAAAUCCUCGCUGAGAGAGGCUUCACACCUGUCCCAGUAACGGAGAAGAAGAAGCCAGGGGCUUUUUACUUGCCCACUUUCCAGUGGGCGCAGGACCACUGCCGAUUAGACUACAGCCUGUUUGCAACGACGUUGAAAAGGCACAAGGUAAUCAGAGUUCCUACAAACCUUUGAUAAGAAACUGGCAAAUUAUAAUUACAUUAUGUUUGGGCGUCCCCGUCUUUGGUAGUUUGUACUUGUUGCAGAAUAAGCUUUGACGAAGUGCACACGGAGUUACAGUUCUGCUUCUACCUUAUUUGAAAUGUCUGACCACGACAGGGACGACCAUUUCUGGUUAAUCAUUGCAAGGGAAUCCGGAUCACGGAGAAAGUCGGGAUGCUCGCGAGCCUAGAGCAGGAGUUUGGAUUCAAAAACCUUCCGGCUUGGUAUCCAAAGACGCUGCACGUCCUUAGUACCAACUCAAUGAAGAACAGUGAAGAGGGCCUCCCGGAAGCGAAGUGGGUCUACAAGCCAAGGUCCAACUAGUCAUUACUUCUACAUCAACCGCUAGAAGUAGUAGAUUGAAAUAGUGGUUGUACGUGUAGUAGGCAUGCACAAUCGUAUCAUCUUCAACUUGACACAGGAGAAUCCAAAGAAAGAAAGCUUCGUCGUCUAAGAUAUAACAAUUCCACAGGGCAAAUAACUGCGGCCGCGGUAUCGAACUUUUCGGGUCGACGCGUGCGCUUCUCGACUUCAUUGCAAAUGAAAAGAAGACAGACGGCAUCGUCCAACUGUAUAUCGAGAGGCCAUUGCUCGUGCGGGGGAGGAAAUUCGAUGUCCGAAUGUAAAGACAUGUCGUGAUGAAUGAGUUGCACCCACACUGAUAUUGCGUGGUUAUGAUUUUGAACAUAAAGAGGAUUAUGAUUAAGGUGAAAGCAAAGGUAGUUUCACAACACUCUUCGCUUCACGGAUGCUAAGGUCGCUCAAUGCAAAAAGAUAGACAUUUAUAUGCCACGACCACUUUUCCGUCUUGCAUGAUGCACCAGGUAUCUGCUGAUAGCACGGACAGAGCCCUUUUUGAGUUUCUACUGUCCAGUGGGAUACUGCCGCCUAUGCGUGAAUGCCUACAAAAGCAACAACUUCGACGUAUUCACUCAUUCUUUUCUGGACGAAGAUAGAUAGACUCGGAUGAUAGGUACGUUGCUUGUUCCCCCUGCGAUUAUUGAGAUAUGACAACAGAAUGUCGCAACUCUUGAUCGAUUAUACAUUUGGUGUGAUUUUGAUUUUGUAACACUGGUUUCUAAUGCUUGAAUCAGGAUGUGACGAUGCAUUUGACGAACCAAGCAGUCCAGAAAACAUUGAAAGGGAUGUAUAAAGAGACGAAAGAAGACACAACGUGGACUUUCGAGCAGAUGGAGGCGCAUUUAGUCGUUAUGGGUGAGCAUUUAUUUCAAUACUGAUAGUCGAAUAGUUUCUUCGAAGGUUGGUUGCUAGAGCGUUUGGGGCUCGGGUUUUCCCGAUUGAAUAGGCAAAUCACACACUCUAAUGAAUAGAACGGGCGCGUAGAGGCGGGAUUCGUUGCGCGCGAGUUUCUGCCUAAGGUAAAGGCGAUAAUGGUGACAUUGUCCGGUAUUGUUCGGCAGCAGGUUCUGCCUCUCGUCGGUACAUUCGAUCUCUUCGGUUGCGACUUUUUCCUCGACGACCAAUUGCAGCUGUACCUUCUCGAGGUGAACAGCAAUCCGGCAAUUUAUACCGACACGCAGGUGCUCAAAGACAUCAUCCCCACAGUGUUGAGGGAAGCCAUCGAUAUUGUGGAUGCAGCGCACGUGCCGACGGCGAACAAACCCUUCUGCGACCAACCCUGGUUCGAGUGCCUGAUUGACGAAUCCAGAAAUUUUCAGUGGGACAAAACCGGCACACUACCGAAGAAGCGCAAAGACUUGCAAGCCAGGGAGCUCUGGAGAUAG